AUGUCAUCACGAAGUCUCAUCCGGCCUUGCAGCGCACAACGAGCAGUGUGCCAAGCUCUCGUCCAGACGCCGCGACCUAGAUCCGCAACUACGGUUUUCAGAGCCACCACCUCGACAGUCUCACCGCAUUCUCAAGCCUCUACAUCAAGUCGCCGGCUUUUCCACACCCUUCCGAGCCGGAGAAAGGAUCAACAGCCACCAGCGCACCCUCCCCCAACCGACUUUGCAGAGCUCGACGUGCUCGGUAAUACUCCAGCGCCUUCAACUUCGGUCGAUGUGUGUAUGUAUGAUGGAUUUGGACUGAACAGCGGCAUCACUGUGACGGGCGGCAACGGCGUUUUGUUGGUUGAUGGCGAGGUGUUCAACUGGCGUCCGUGGGAGGCCAAAGGCUCAAUGAAUCUCGUCAACAAGAAGGGCCAGUUUGAGCUACCACCAAAGGCCUUUGCGCUAUUUGAUCUACUGUGGCCCCGACCUGAUCUUCUCAUCAUCGGGGUCGGCCCAUCUAUCAUGCCAUUGGCACCCGAAACGAGACGACUUAUAUCGGAACUCGGUAUGCAAAUCGAAAUUCUAGACACGAGAAAUGCAGCUGCGCAGUUCAACUUGUUGGCCACAGAACGAGGCGUUUCGAACGUAGCAGCUGCUCUAAUACCCAUUGGAUGGAAGGACGGCGUUGGGGCGGAAUGA